UGUGUUAAUUGGCAACCAAAAUGGGCUUGUUCGGGAAAUCAACCCAGAGGGAUCCCAAGGAGCAGGUGAAUGAAUGGAGCGCCAAGUUGAGGAAGGAAGGUCAUCAACUGGACAGACAAAUUCGUGGAAUUCAGCGUGAGGAAGAGAAAGUUAAGAGAGCCUUGAAGGAGGCUGCAAAAAAGAAUGACAGGGACACAUGUACAAUUCUCGCUAAAGAGAUCAUUCGUGCCCGGAAAGCUAUCACGAGGAUCUACACCAGCAAAGCUCACCUAAAUUCCGUCCAGCUGCAAAUGAAAAAUCAGUUGGCGACUCUGCGUGUGGCAGGAUCACUGCAAAAGUCCACGGAAGUCAUGGCAGCCAUGCAGAGCCUAGUGAGGCUACCCGAAGUGGCUGGAGCAAUGCGUGAUAUGUCCAGGGAGAUGAUGAAGGCAGGUAUCAUCGAAGAGAUGAUGGAAGAAACCUUUGAGUCACUGGAGGACACUGAGGAGAUGGAGGAGGAGGCUCAGGGUGAAGUGGACAAAGUAUUAUGGGAGCUGACUGAGGGCAAAUUGGGAGAAGCUCCUCUUCCGCCCACGGCGAAUGUGGCUAAAGAGGAAGUUCCCGCUGCAGUGGCUGAGGAGGAAGAGGAAGAAGAUGAAGAAGAACUCAAGGAGAUGCAGAGUCGUCUUCAGGCCUUACGAUCGUAAAUCACCCCACGCAAUAGCUUUUCUGCAUAACAAUUGUUUUCUCGGAAGAAACAUAAAGCUAAAGAAUUCAUGUGACUUAAUUGCAAGCUGCAGGGUUAAACCUCCAACAGAUUUAUAUCUUUUCUCAAAAUUACAAUUCAAUCGUGGGACUUUCAAAAUUGGAAAAGGUAAGUAAUAAGGGCGAAAACGGCUCAAAAACAUUAUCAAAAAUUUGGUAAGCCAGGACACAUACCUAAGGGCUAUAAGUAAAUAGCCACAUCUAAAAUCCAUUUCAUUUCCAAAUAUUAGUAAACUUAUUCCUUAAAUUCUAACAAUUUUCUUUCCAAAAAAUUAAAUAAUUCAGAAUGCAGCAAAAAAUCAAAGAGAAUAAAAAUCAUGCACAAGAGCUGAAGAGAUAGCUCUAGCGGUGUGUGUUUUAGCCCAAACUAAAAGUUUCAGGGUGUUCAUUUGCAAAGAAUUAGAAAAAAAUAAAUAAAAAAACAUUGAUAAAAAAAGAAACAAGAAAUAUUGGCAAAAAUAAAA